GUAAAUCCCCUCUCAUUAGUAUUUUGGACCACUUGACUCUUAACAAAUAUCUAGCCGUAGAGUCAACACCUGUGAUCGAUCAUCGAUAUCGAUCACCUUUAUUUAAUAGCUCCACGAAGGGCAGGAGCUACAGAAGAAGUCGCCGGCGACGAUGGAGAAGGCGACGGCGAACGGCGGGAGGAGAUCGAGUCAUGUGUUGCUGUUCGCUUAUCCGAUGCACGGCCACAUGAGCCCGAUGCUGCAGUUCGCGAAGCGAUUGGCCUCCAAAGGCCUACUCGUCACAUUUCUCACUACUUCCUCUGUUACUGAAUCUCUCCAAAUCGAUCUCCCUCCAUCUUAUCCAAUCCAUCUCCGGUUCAUCUCCGAUUUCCACACCGAAGUCAUCGAGACGCUCAAGCAGAGGCACGAGGCCUUCGCCGCCGCCGUCUCGAGAUCGCUUGGAGAGUUCCUCGACGGAGCCCUAAUUAACGGCGAUCAUCCUCCGCGGCUGAUGGUUUUCGAUUCCGUUAUGCCGUGGGCGAUGGAGGUGGCCAGAUCGCGAGGGCUCGAAGCGGCGCCGUUCUUCACAGAAUCUGCCGCCGUCAACCACAUUCUGAAUCAGGUGUACGAAGGAUCCUUGAGCAUCCCGGCGCCGGAGAACGCGGCGGUCUCGAUUCCUUCGCUGCCGAAUCUUGAGGCAGAGGAUCUGCCGUAUUUCCCGAGCGUGAUCAGAGAAGUGACUCUGGAAUUCAUGACCAGACAAUUCUCGAGUUUCAAGGAUGCCAAAUGGAUUUUCAUCAACACGUUUGAUCAGCUGGAGCCGCAGAUUGUUAAUUGGAUGGGCGAAAGAUGGCCAAUCAAGACCGUUGGACCAACCGUUCCAUCAGCGUAUUUGGAUGGUCGGUUGGAGAAGGACAAAACUUAUGGUUUGAAACGCCAAAAACCUGAAGAUGGGAGGGCUGUGGAGUGGCUAGACUCAAAAGAAACAGCUUCGGUGGUUUACAUUUCAUUUGGAAGCUUGGUUAUGUUAGCUGAAAAACAAGUGAAGGAAUUGACAAAUUUUCUCACAGAAUCUGGCCUCCCUUUCCUAUGGGUCCUAAGAGAAUCAGAAAUGGAAAAGCUUCCUGAAAACUUCAUACAAGAGACGUCAGGCAAAGGUUUGGUUGUGAACUGGUGCAGCCAACUGGAAGUUCUAUCUCACAAGGCCGUAGGUUGCUUUGUGACUCACGGCGGUUGGAACUCGACGCUUGAAGCUUUGAGCUCUGGGGUGCCGAUGGUGGCGGUUCCACAGUGGAUUGAUCAGACGACGAACGCCAAGUUCAUCGCCGAUGUUUGGGAAAUCGGAGUUAGAGUGAAGCUAAAUGAGAAGCACGAAAUUGCAACUAAGGACGAACUUGAAGCCUCCAUCCGACAGGUUAUUGAAGGAAGAGAGAAAAAGAACUCAAUCAAGUGGAGGAAAUUGGCCAAAGAAGCUGUGGAUGAAGGUGGCAGCUCUGAUAAAAAUAUUGAAGACUUUGCCAAAACAAUUAUGUUGCUCUCUAAUUAAGUAAUACGGCUAAACUGUUUCGGUUGUUUGUUUGGAAAAAUACUUGACUUUUAACGGUAAGAAACAACUUUAUCUUCGAUGUUUGACAAUUAAGAGAGAAAUGUAAAAACAUUGACUUUUUAGUAGAAAUAAUGAGUUAUCAAAUUUUCGGUAA